GAAGUUAUUCCUUCUUCUCAAGUAAUCCUACACAAUCUUCUCUUUCCCCUCUCAUAGGCUCUCCUGUUCGUCCGAUGGCAAAAGCAGACGCCAAGACCGAAGCUAAGGAAGUAGCUAAAGACGUACCGGAAGGAAGUCCUCCAGAACCUCUCAAAUACAAGACAUGGGUCUUGAAAGUCUCAAUCCACUGUGAAGGCUGCAAAAGAAAAGUAAAAAAGGUUCUAAAAAACAUUGAAGGGGUAUAUACGACAGACGUUGAUUUGAAGCAACAAAAGGUCAUUGUAACGGGGAAUUUAAACCCAGAGAUUUUGAUCAAGAAAUUGGUAAAGACAGGCAAACAUGCAGAGCUUUGGCCUGAAAAAACUGGCAAAAAAGAGAAAAAGAACGGCAAACCCAAGAACAAAGAGAAACAAAGCGACCAAGAAAGCUCUGAGGAAAGUAACCAUGGUGAUGAUAAGGAAAAAGAGACAGUUGAAGUUGAAGAUCAUCAAGACCCUGCGAAAAAUUGUGACGGUUGUGAAGGCGGUGUUGCAACUGGUAAAACCGGUGGACAAGCGAAGGAGCCAAAGCCUGAGGUGAACGUAGCGUUCGGCAACCAGACACCGGCAGCUGAUAAGCAGGGUGGUGGUGGCAGUGGAGGCAAAAAGAAGAAAAAGAAGAAAAAGAAGGGGCAAAAAGCGAGUAACAGCAACGUCGAUGGGGCCGAACAUUCAGGCAAUGCCCCGCCACGCACAGGAUCAGCAAAUAGUACUGGUCAAGGUCCAAUUCUAGCUCCAGCUAAUAGCAGCCCUCCACUUCAGCAUGUGUACACUCGAUACCCACCAGCCAAUUACAGCUCUCCACGUCAGCAUUUGUAUGAUCAAGACCCACAACAUUACCACGUAACUCCAAUGAAUGCAACGAGCUACAGUGUGGCAUACCCUGCUAGCACAUCAUACUACACCUCACCACCAUCGUAUGACUAUCUGUAUAUCCUCCAGGGUCCUCCAGGGUGCGAGACCAGGUCGGAGCAUCCACCGGCGGAUCGUGACAUGUGUUCCUUGUUGCGCCGGACCGUCUCAGAGAUAUUCAGUGAUGAAAAUCCAAAUGGGUGCUCAAUCAUAUGACCUUAUAUUUUGCGAUCAGUGGAUUGCAUUGGCGUUUUGGGUAUAUAUAGACAGCUUAUGCCACUAUUUGUAUGAGCUAAUGGUGGAUGCAUGGUG